GUGUUUUUAGUGAAUUAAAAAAAACCAUCACAGGUUUUUUCAAACGAGUUUUGAUCAAAUCCAUUUUCAGAUUAUGUUCCAUUUUUGUCUGUUAUUAUUAUUUAGGAGGUUGUUGGUUUGACAAAGUAAAUAAAAAAGAAAAGAAAGGCAAAUCUCUCGUUUGUGUGUAAAUUUUUGAGUUUUGAUAAAAUGAUGAUGAGUUGCCGUUUGGCGAAAAGCUAUGGUUUUAUCAGAUUGUUCUUCUUGUGUAAUAGUAGUAGUAAUAAUAAGAAUAAUGGGAGUCGUCUUCGUUUUCCUCAAUUCCCGGCUGAUGCGUUCUCUGCGUUUCGCAGUUCGAGGUACAGAUCCAUGAUGUCUGCUUCUUCCUCCUCCUCCUCAAACCCCAUGUCCCGUGAGGAUGCUACACUCCUCCCAUCCGUUGAAGACAAGUACGGUGGCGUCAGGACCGAGAUGACUCAUCCCAUGGAUCCUUCUCUCUUCUCCUCACUUCUCCGUGCCUCUCUCUCUAACUGGACUCUUCAGGGCAAGAAAGGAGUGUGGAUCAAAUUGCCAAAGCACCUUAUCGGCCUUGCUGAAACUGCUGUUAAGGAGGGAUUCUGGUUUCAUCACGCCGAGAAAGACUACUUGAUGCUUGUGUAUUGGAUUCCCAAAGAUGUCCAUACGCUUCCUGCCAAUGCAUCUCACCGUGUUGGCAUAGGUGCCUAUGUCAUUAACCACAAGUGGAUACAGAAUUCGUCCAAAUAUUGGCGUUCAGACAAACACACAAAAUCUUCUUUGGAAAGUCAGAUUUGUUCUUCGUCUGCAUGUUAAAGCCCCUUUCUUUGGAAAUCAAUGCACAGGAGUCAGAGAUUGAGGCAGCUCAGUGGAUGCCUUGGGAGGAAUACACAAAGCAACCAAUUGUACAGAAACAUGAACUCUUGAGGUACAUGACAGACAUUUGCUCUGCUAAAACCAACGGAGACUACGAAGGCUUCACUCCUAUUCGUGUCUCGGCGCCUGAUCAACAAGGAAACUUGUACUACAACACCCGCGACUUACAUUCGGGCCAUUGACCUUCAACAGAGCAGUCCUCACGAUUCUAACGAAGCUGGUUUAUUUGCUGCCUCUCUCUCUCUCUCUCUCUUUAUGUAAGCAUUUUGACUGACACUUGAAUCUAUUUAGCCCUCAACCAAAAACAUAAAAAGCAUCACAAAUGAAAACAUUUGCAUUCAGUUCA